CUAGGGUUAAUCUUUUUCGUUUCCCCUCUCUUUCCGGACCUGAACCCGCCUCGAUCCUCAAGCGAGACACAGCUUCCCUGUCCCUCACAAGAUUCGCCGCAGGCGUGCGCUCGUAGGCACCUCUCUCCGAUUUACUUCGCUCGUCAACUCAUUCUCGCUUCGACGGGGCAGAAAGCUCCAUACCAUCGAGAUUUUGAGCGUCCGAUUUGUUGUAUUUGGGAGGUAAUUUAGUAUUCUUUGAUUGAUGGAAUAAGAUUCCAUGGUGCAUAGUCUGAACCUCCUUCGACAUCCCAUUCAGCAGCAAAUCCUUCUUUUCUUUAGAUAAUUGAAGUUGCUUCCCUUGUAUAUGGAGCAAUCUUCUUGCAAGGUUGAUGGCAAGAAAACCAAGGACUCCUUGUUUAAAGAAAAAUCAAAUCAUCAAGAUAAAGAUUCCUUAGUUGAUGCUGUGAAGGAUGACUCCAGAGAAUUUCACCCUGCAGAUUGUGAACAGGAUGAUGAUGAAAAUACCAUAUCUGCAAGUGGUGCACAGAAUAAUGUUGCCAAAUCCAAUAAGAAGAGGAAAAAAGCUUCUCAAACACCGUGGCCGAGUAGAUAUCCUCUUAGAUCUUCAGUUGCUGGUGUCAGAGUUCUUCGAUCAUCCAGUAGUGCUGCUAAGAUUUCCAAUGAGCAGUCCAUUCCUGCCUCAAAUUCAAUAAAAAAUGAAAGGAAAAGGAGGAAGAAAAGAAAAGAAAAAAGCAUGUUAAAUAAUGAGUUUGCACUAAUUAGAAAACGGAUAAGAUACUUGUUGAAUCGAAUUAACUAUGAGCAAAGCCUGAUUGAUGCAUAUUCGCAUGAAGGAUGGAAGGGCCAAAAUUUGGAAAAGAUCAGACCUGAAAAGGAGCUUGAACGAGCCAAAUCUGAAAUUCUACGUUGCAAAUUAAGGAUUCGUGAAUCCAUGUGCCAUCUAGAUUCAUUGCUUUCUGAGGGAAGGCCUGAUGAAAAUAUGUUUGACAAUGAUGAAAUUGACUAUGAAAAUAUAAUUUGUGCAACAUGUGACUCAAAGGAUCUAUCAACUGACAAUGAUAUCAUCCUGUGUGACGGUAGUUGCGAACGAGGUUUUCACCAAAAGUGUUUGAGUCCACCGUUGCAAACUCAUGAAAUUCCUCCUGGAGAUCAAGGAUGGUUGUGCCCUGCAUGUGAUUGCAAGGUGGAUUGCUUUAACUUGCUUAAUGAAUUUCAAGGAAGUACCCUUACAAUAGAAGACACUUGGGAGAAAGUUUUUCCUGAAGCAGCUGUCAUUGCAAAUGGUAACAACCAGUUAGAUGAUUCUAAUUAUCCAUCUGAUGAUUCAGAAGAUAAUGAUUAUGACCCUGAUGUUGAAGUUGCUGCUGAAGAGAAGGAAGAAGGAUCAAGUUCUGAAGAAAUAGAUUCUACUUCACUAUCUGAGGAGGAUUUAGAAUCUGUAGGAUAUAAUAAUGUUGAUGUUCUGGGUCUUCCUUCUGAUGAUUCAGAGGAUGAUGAUUAUGAUCCUGAAUGUCUGGAUCCAAAUAAGGAUGAUCAAAAUGAAGGACCAGCAUCAAAUGAAUCAGACUUUACAUCAGAUUCUGAUGAAUUUUGUUUGGAGCUUAGUAAAAGAGUGAAUGUUGAUGAAGUUACAUCAUCUCAACUGGAUUCCAGAAUGGCUGAUUGCUCGCAGGAAGGGAGGAAAGCCACACGAAAAAAUACAACAAAUACUAGGCAUCCACCUAUGGUGGAGGCUGACUUUGACAACUCAUGUCCUGUGCCAAAGACAAGGCAGCAGCAGCGAUUGGAUUAUGAAAAACUUAAUGAUGUGUCUUACGGUAAAGCAUCUUCAGAUUCAAGUGAAGAUGAAGAGUGGAAGGAGAAAGGUAAGGCAGUGAAGGUUAAGAAAGGUAAGAACAAAAGGGAAUCUGCCUCAUUGUCAUAUGGAAGAAGUUAUUCAGUUAAUCAUCAAAGAAACUUGAGUAUCAAAGACAUGGUUGAUGUGCCUCCGUUAGCCAUGUUAAAUCCAGACCAGCAGCAAGUUUUAGAGCCCGCAGAGAAGAGUACACCUAAAACACAACAGUACUUGAAUGAACAACAUAUCAAUGAUCAUUUGCAUGCUGAAAAUGGAAACAAAACUACUUCCACUGGUAAAAAGAGUUACGCACCACAUGUAAACCAGCGGCUUGAGGAAACCUUCAAACAAAAUCAAUAUCCUAGUCAAGAGGUGAAAGGAAGUCUCUCAAAAGAAUUAGGCUUGACAACUACGCAGAUUGCUAAAUGGUUUGCGAAGUCACGGGCUAAACUGAGAAUUUCUGCCACAGGUUUGAAACUUUCUGAUACAGUCUAUCAUGCAGAAACAAAAGUUCAAAUAAGCGAAGGGAAUGGUUUGGGCAAAUCUGGGAGUAUGAAUACUGAAUCUAGUACUGGAAAUAAUAUGAGUUCGACGUCCAGCGAAAAAAAUAGAAAAACAUCAGCCAUAGUGCAUAACACGUCUAGCAACUUCAGUAGAAAGAACACCACAUCAAGUAAGGGGAUUGCUGCAAGUGAUGCUGCCAAUAGAAGCAGCAAAAAAACACCUACCAGUGUAAACAAGAACUUAGAAGUGCCAUUUGACAGAGAGAAGGCCUUGGCACGUGAGCUUAAGAGGAUAAAGACAGUGCGUGAGCUUAAGGGGAUAAAGACAGGCAGAUAAAGAUACUUUGACCUUGAUCUGAUAAUCAUUGGUACUGGUAGGAUAUUGUUAGACAAGUAAAUUCUUCAAAAAUUUUGAGCAGUGGAACCGGUUCAUACAAAUUUUCUCCUGCCCUGAUUUUCUUCCAAUCAACAUUUACAAAUUGAGUGUUGACCCACCCAUCCUUGGCUAGCAAUCUUCAUCUGUUUUCCUUUUUAUCUGCUCAUGGUUACUUUCAGUCAUCGAGGCUCACAGAACUUGAGGUGAUUGUCUGUUUCCCCUUUUUUAAUUCACAUGGUUAACGUUCAGUCACUGAGCGUCAAAGAACUUGAAGUGAUUUGAGAUCAUCGUAGUCGCAAAUCUUUGAGCAUAUUACCAUUUGAUGGCAAAGUAAUGUACUUAUGGCAUGAGAACUGAUGGUCUUGUGCUCUCUUGCCAUCAAUGUUCUCAUAAUUGCUGGAUCAGUUGAAGGCCUUGGGGUUGCUAAAGCUAUUCUCAUCUUUCAAUUCUUAGGCAGGCAGAGAAUUGGACUUGGAAAAAUUGCUUUAUACCUUUUGUUUUUCUUAGCAAGGUUCCAAUGCUAGAGAAAGCAUGUGUUUAUUUGUAUGGACUACGUUCGAAAUCGAUUAGUGUGUUUCUAUCAUUUUAGUAGGCAAUGUACACUGAACAAUUUGUUAGAUAAUUUAUCAGUGACAUGAAGUUUGUCUUUAUCUUGGAUUA